AUGCCAGCUACUGCCCUUCUUCAAGCAUCAGGCGCGAAAAUACAGAAUCUGUUUUCCUUGGCUCCAUCUCAAGUGCUCACCUCGCAGCCGAAAGACUUUGUUCACUGGUCGAACGAAAAACAGGAAAAGGCCGCACGCGAGAACCGAGCGCAACAUCCAGAGGCUUUUGCAUCCGGACCGACCUUUCACAAUGUGUACCGAAGCUGUGCUGGCCAGGAGAGCGUGAUGAGAAAGCGUCCAGAAUUCUUGAAGGCCCUCUUCGAACACAAGAACGCGGAACUUUACCAUUGGAAUCCGAAGUGCUAUUCGCAAUAUGUUGCUAAAAACCAGAACUCUCUGUACCAGACGAACUCGUCGUCAGCGAUUGCAUCUUCGUCACCACCGGCGGCAUCCUCUUCCUCCCCACCGGCGGCAUUAUCUUCAUCACCGUUACGACAGUUCGGAUCGGCAUCCUCCCCUCCAUCCUCUCCAAGAGAGUCACCGGUGUCAGAGUUUAUGCAAUACUACAACGAUCGAUGCAAGAAAAUGCGCCGACCAUUGACUGCGCCACCACGACCCGUCGUCACAGAAGCAGGCCCUAGCACUCCCACGACCAACACGAAGGCCCAGGGCAAGGGCAAGGUAGCGACCACAUACAUCAAACAAGAGCCGGUAACUCCAAGCGGGGGCGUCGUGAAGCGCGGCCGUGGAAGACCUCGCAAGACAGACAAGAAGCAACUCACUAUGGACGACUACAAAUUCAUUGGCAGCUCUUCUGCGCUUACCCGCACUGCCCAAGCUACCCGUGCUGGGCGUAUUGCUCGAAAAGCUAUAUUAGCUGCACGUGCUGCCUGUAAAGCUGCUCAAGCGGCCCACGCUGCAGCGGGGUUGGCGGAGUGGGGUAACGUAGGUGACGUCUUCGGAAACAGUAACCUUGACGAUGAUAUGAACGACCAUGACAGUGAACCAUACAAUUACGAAGAAGAUAGACUCGAGAUUAUCGAAGCAGAGGUUGAAGAGAUGGAUCUUACUGUCUAG